AUGGUCCGUUCAGCCUUGGUGGCUGUGCUGAUGCUCGUGCUUCCAGCAACGGCACACCGGAAUAACGAUGACAUCUUUGCCAUUGAGGCUGAUGAUUCAGAAGCCCGCGAUCUACAGUGGGAGCUUGAGAACUGGCUUGGUGAUGGCUCGGGAGGCUUGGGGCUGAGCCAUUCGGAUGCUAGGUGGUGGGCAACGAAGGAGUGGUGGUACAUGGAGACGUGUGGCGCUUCAAUUUGGUAUCUCAAGCAACUCUACUCUCUGCUCACUCACCGCUUCACUAUCCCCUACUCCCAGCGCGAAGCCCUCGAGUUGAUGUUUGCCUAUGCCAAGAAGCAGCUUGACCCAGACCAGCUCUUCGCCAUGUACCACGUUCUCUCGGGCAGCCACCUCGGCCGGGAGAAGGCCCGUGCGCGAGCUGCAGAGCUUCUAGAGAAGGAUGCGUCCCCAACCGAGCUCAGCAAUCUCUACAGGGUCAUGGCCAUGUGGCUUCCGGACAGGGAGGCUCAAGAGACCGCAAUGGAGGUGGCUGCUGCCGGCUGUGAGGCUGAGAAGUUCGCGAGUUUUUACCAGCACUUUCAUGACAAGAACAGGGCCAUCUCUGAGGCAAUCUCGGCCUCCUUCGACAGGCAAGCCUACCGCUAUGCAGGAGAUGGUAAAUACUACACGGCCUCCGAGUUCAAGGACUACUUUGGGAGCAACUGGAUGGCAAAGUGGAUGGCAAGCCCAGCGGCACAGAAGGUGGCGAGGGAUGGCAAGGCAUAUUCCGCGUCUCAGUUUCAUGAUUACUUCAAGGGAGGUUGGUUGUCCUACUGGCAUGAAGCAAAGUGGGCAACACAAAGGCGCGUUGCGGAGGACGGAAAGAUCUACACCAUGGCCGAGUAUGUGAACUACUUCGGAUCUCAGUGGCAGCAGAAGUGGGCCAAAGCACCAGUGGCACUUUGCCAAGAGUGCACAGCAGCCAGCCACGCCUGA